AGGAAAUGACUCUACUUCUGUGUAGUGACCAGCAGGGGGCGACUCCUCUGCUCCCAUAGACGUCUAUGAGGAAAUGACUCUACUUCUCUCUUGAUUUAUUCCCUCAGUAAACAUUGUAAACAUGAGUUUAUGGUCUCAGUCUCUAGUUUCAAGUCUUCUUCAAUGCAGCAUGAUGUUCAUUUAGUGAAUGAAGGUCCAUUUAGAGUCACACACCAUAAAGUAGGGAUGCUUUAGGGCGGGGCUUGCUGUGAUUGACAGGUCUCUCCCAGGAAUCUAUACGGCGUCUCCUCGUCCUCCUCUGUACUUACUUGUCAAACAAGAUGGCGACACCCGAAACGCCGAACUUGACCCUUCAAAACUGUCGUUAAAAACCCAACGAGUGCCGUCACCAUGACAACGUCCACUUCUGAUUUUACAUUACAUGAAGUUGUUCAGAGAAAAAGCUCAGGUCACUUUCUCACACACACCACAUGAAAGGCAUCGUCCUUCAAUAGAAGAUGUAGAGAAGCUCUGUGACCGUAGUUCACAUCUCAAUCAUCACAAAGAACAAUGAUUGACCAAAUCUGCGUUUGAGUAUAAAUAAUAAAGCUCUUAUCUUGAUAAUUGAUCACCAAUUAAAGCUUUCAGAUCAAGUGAUCACAAAGCACAGUCACAUUUGAGAUGAAGGAUUUAUCUCACACCAACAUCAAAGUUUCUGUUCUAACAAAAAUAUAUAAAUAUAUUUCCAGAUGUCUGGAUCGAAGAGAAAAAAAUGCACUGAAGCCAGUAUUUAAUGGUAUUUAUGAGCCAAAUCGAGUCCCUUUCAUCAACAUCAAACCUUCGCUUGGGGCCAAAUUACAAAUUAAAUGGACGGUGCCCUUUUUUUUUUUGUGGAGAUGAAGCUCAUUCAUGAAGCUCCGAUAACUUCUGGAUCCACAGAGAAAUUUGGGUCCUUGGAAGCGUUUUCAUCCUCAAACAAAGACGCUGUAAAAAAUAGGUAUGAGCUCGCCGUGCGGGAAGUCCUCCGGCGGCCUGUGUGAGAGGAGUGGGAGGAGCUUACCGCGCACGCUAAUUCAAGCAAUUAGCACCACGAUUACACACUUCAAGAGUUCUUUGUUGCUCUUCUCCUCUCAGCCGUCACAUGACCGGCCUCAUGAUGCGUGUGGGUCCUUCUAGAUGAACGCAUCUGUCCUUCUGUUCCUCUCUGGUCAACACGUCUGAUCCACUGCGUCCGUUACUCCGAGGACACCAACACGGGGAUGUUAAUAAUUGACAGUUUGAAUAAACAUUAAACGCGUGUCAUGUUUAACGCCACGUCGCCGUAGUGAUACUAACGGCUGGGGGCUGUUGUAGUUUCACGAGUAUUAGUACACAAACAUUGUAUUUAUGCUAAUAGCAGGUCUGAUGCUAUCAGAGCCAGAAGCUAACGGCUAGCAGUGCUAACAACACAAUUGGCUGGUGCGCUCUGUGUAAAAGUACUUGGAGGUGUGAACUGCGUUGAAGGUUCCUGCAGGUUCCUGCAGACCUUUGGUCCACUUAUCUGCAGGGAAUUCAAACAAACGCACCAGAAGCACGGGUCGAGAAAAGCCGCGGCGGCGUGCGAUGGAAGAACGCCGUUUGCUUAUCGACUCGGAGCCGCUGGCUGCAGGACCCGAGUCGCCCCCCCACUGAAAAGAUGGGUCCUUUACGUCCGUCCUGUCGGCCGCAGCUUGAGUCCCUGCUGUCGUGAUGCCCUCUCAUGACGACCACGUCGGCAGCUGACACUGCCAGUGAGCGCGAGACGCCGCUGCACAGCCGGUCCCGGGCCGGCUCCCCGUCAGCCUCUCGCAGGCUGGAGCCUCCGACUCCACCCACUUCCCAGAAUCCUCAGAUCCGCCCCAGUGAGAACCUUUGGGAAGCAGAGCACCAGCCAGCACCAGCAGAAGCAGCCGCAGCAGCCAAAAAACACGGCGUCUUCAACGCAGUCAGCAACACCAGCACCACCACCACCAGCAGCAACCAUCAUGUCCAGUCGUAGAAAGUCCUCCACCCCCUGCAUGGUCCGGGUCGACCUGCAAGAUGACCCUGAGGCGGCGAUGGACGUGGAAGUACAGGCAGACCAGGUGGUGUCAGGAAAAGAACAAUCAGAAUCAGCAUCUGAAUCUGCAGGAAAGAGCCCAGAUCCAAAGGAGGAGAAUUUAGAGAAUCCAGACCAGCAGAGAGCCACAAAACCAGUGGAAAACCAGCAUCUCAAGCCAUCAGAACAAGAGGAGCAGUCAGGUGAGACGGAUCAACCUCCCGUCGUUGAAGAUGAGGAGGCCACUGAGGAGAAAGACGGACAAGACGUCGACUCUAACCCGGCGUGCCGGAGGAAGCGGUCCAGGGGCUAUGAGUGCAAAUACUGCCUGUUCUCCACGGAGCACCUGAAUGACUUCAAGGUGCACGUGGACUCCAGUCACCCCAACGUCAUCCUCAAUCCCAUGUACCUCUGCGCCGUCUGCAACUUCCACGCCAAGAAGUUUGACUCGCUCACGGAGCACAACGAGAGGCAGCACCCGGGCGAGUCGAACUUCAAGUUCAAGAGGACGAAGCGGAACAAUCAGACCGUCUUAGAGCAGACAAUCGAAAGCGGGGACAAGUCAGUUGAGCGCGACGCGGGCAGCAGGUCGGGGGAUGGCGGCGCCGGCUGCGCGUUUCCGGCUCGCCCUUCGACCGCGGCGACCACGCAGAAGGAUGCGCAGGUGCUCCAUCGGAGGGGCGAGUCGAGGAGCCAGCGGGACGACCCGAUCCAGAAGAAUCCAAUCACGGCAGUGAACAUCAACGGGACGGUCAUCAUCCCCGAGCCCGCCGCCCUCCAGGGGCUCGCCCACGUCGCCCCGAUGCUGAAGCGCCCGCCCAACUUCAACUCCGUACCAAAAAUAGCCGUUCCCUUGAACACCACCAAAUACAACCCCUCCCUGGACGACAACUCCACGCUGAUCACCUCCUUCAACAAGUUCCCCUACCCAACGCACGCCGAGCUGUCGUGGCUGACAGCCGCCUCCAAGCACCCGGAGGAGCAGAUCAAGGUCUGGUUCACCACCCAGCGGCUGAAGCAAGGCAUCACCUGGUCCCCGGAGGAAGUAGAAGAAGCCAGGAAGAAGAUGUUCAACGGCUCCAUCCCUCCUGCCCAUCCCACGUUCACCGCCAUGCCUGCGACGACCUUCUCUCGGCCGUCUGCCCAACCCUCCCAGCAGACCUUCGUCCACGUGCGGACCGCCGUGUCCAACGGGUUGAGUGCGGCCGCCGGCGCCAACCCUCCGGCCGGAGUCGCAGUCGGCUCCCGUCCUCCUGCUAAGCGGUCGCUGCCGACUCACCUGACCACGGUGUUUGGCCCAGAGUCGAAGCGACCCAUCAUGGCCGUCGCUCCCCAUUCCGGUGACGCCAACGACAGGGGCCUCAUGGCCCCUCCGCCCCCUCCUCCGCCGAAAGACCGCCUCCCGAUGGCUCCGCCUCCGGUUCCUGUGGAGAUGAAGCGACCUGUAGCAGGUUCUGUGUUUGCCACAGAGAUGAAGAGGCCACCCGCUGCCGUGCCUUUAAUGUCGCCGUCGCCGUCCUUGCUGUCCAAAGGGAAGGUCCUCUCGACGUUUGGGAAACCCAAAACAAAACCGGUGGUCUCGCUGCCCUCCUUAGUCUUUCCCGAGUCUUUAACCAGGCCGCUGAUAGUUCCCCCGCCUAUCUUCGCUCCGCCGUAUAAAAACUCAAUGCUUUUUCCUCUUAAUGCUCCCAUCCUUCCCAAAGAGAAGCACCAGAAUUCCCACGCUGUGCCAGCUACCGAUCACAAGCUACCAAACUCCCCCCCCGUUGCCCCACAAAUAAGGAGGCCGACCAUCAUCCAGUCCAUUCGUGCUCCGGGCAAACCCCCGACCCAGCUUUCAGGGCACCCUCUGGACAGCAGGAAGGAGCAGCAGGGAGGGGAGGUGAAAGCCUGCUACCCCAGAGGGGAUAAGGUGCUCACUCCUCUGGCCGAGGCCAACGGGACGUCUCGCACGGACGGAAAAUGGUCCCAGGAUCAAAGCCCACUUGCUCACAACGGUGUCCAACACUUUGAUGGGUUGCUAGCAGCGCUGAAACCGGACUUUCAUCAAAAGUCUUCGGUGCUGACCCAGUUCCCCUUGCUAGAGAGGAUGAAAGGAAAGACGGCAGAACAGCUGAAAGUCCUGGAGGAGAACUUCCUGAGCAACAGCUUCCCCACGCUCAGCGACGUGGACAAUCUGGCGGGCACCACGAGGUUGUCACGCCAGGAAAUCGACAGCUGGUUCGUAGAGCGCCGAGCGCUACGCGACAACCUGGAACAAGCCCUGCUCAACUCCAUGGGCACCAAGACAAAGCUACACCAGCUGAACGGGACCAGCAAGCCCAGCGCCGGCGUGGGCCGUCUCAAGAGCCCACUUGGCGCCGCCCCGUCUGCCCCCGGCGCGGCGCCUCCGGACGGCCGGUCCCUGGCGCUCCUCAUGGGCGAUUUAGCUCAAAAGCGGUGGCCUUGCCCCGAGGAGUUCAGCCAGCUGGACGGCAGGACGGGACGCGCCCAACUCGCUCGCUGGUUCAACGACGGCCGGCUGCAGAGCGGCGGCCCCGAGCUGUCAGAGCUGUUUCCCAGCAACGGAGUGAAAGGAGGGCAGGGGCCCGAGAACGCCUCUACCGGCGCCCUGCAGGAAGGAGUCCUGGUCCACAGCAGCAGCAGCAGCGGCGGCGGCGGGAAGGUGCUGGAGGUGGAGCUGGGCUGGCUCAGCAGCCAACGAGAUGAACUGCAGGGCCGGCUGGCUGGCAGGCUGAUGCAGCAGAACUCGGUGGAGCUGAAGAGCGGAGGAGCGCGGGAGCUGUUCGGCGGCUGGGUGGAGGAGGGACACUCGAGGAGAGAGAGGAAGAUGACUGGAUGAAUGGUGACGAGAGGAUUCGCCGCUGCUGAGGAGAAGGAAACUGAUUGUUUUUCCAUCUUUCCGAGAUUGACAUUUUUGUCCUUUUAAUUUUUACUUGUGAUUGUCGCAUCCCGGCUCACACACUGCAUCGCCCCCCCCCUCCCCCCCCAGGAAUCCGACCCCCGUCCACAGUCAGGGGGCUUUUAUUUUCUUUUGAAUAUGGAGGAGCGACUCGGUGCUACACAGAGUGCAGAGUGCUUUAAUGUGUUGGACAGAUUUAUCAUUCAACAUUACCCACAAUGCAACACGGCCACAGUCAGAAUGGGGAGAAGCGCGUUGAGCUAGCAGUCGCUAGCUAGGUUCUUGGCGGCUGGGGCGAAGUCGUGUGUGACCCGCGUUGCCGUGGAGACGUGAGGAGGCGGGAAGCGUGUGCAGCAGUCCCAACAACAAUCAAUCAAAAUACAGGACAUCGCCGAGUGCCAAGGGCGAGACCUGCCCCCCCCCCCCAUCUCCCCACCUCUGGAAAGAGAGUUCUUCUGCUCCUUGUAAAUAUGGUUUCUUUGUUGCUUUCAUGUUUUUCUGUAUUGAUACAGAUUUGUACAAAUUUUUGCGUACAAGAUUUUGUUACAUUUUGUAAAAUGGGAGCAAGCCCCCCCCCCCUCCCCCCCGUUCUUUAUGUAUUGUUUGGUCGGUUGAUGGACUCGAAAAUCGCUGCCAGCUGCGUCGUCUUCUCUUAUUUUAUUAUUAUUUGUUAUGUGGAACCACUGCAACAAAAAAAACAAGAAAAAACGGAGUAUAAACUUCUCCUUCCUGCUCCUCCAGGGGGGGGGGGGGGAGGGAGGGGAGGGAGAACUUCACAUAAAAUCUGAUUUUCUAAAACUAAAAAGCACCUUUUGGACCAUUUUUCCAAUUCUUUUUUUUAUUGUGGUGAAGUGCUAUUAUGAUGUCAUUAUUAUAAUUAUUAUAAUUAUCAUUAUUAUUAUUAUUGUAGCCACUCUGUCUGGAACCCUUUUUGAAGAAAAAGAAGAAGAAAAAAAAAGACAGAAAAAGUAAAAACUUGAAGACAAUCGACACUUCUUUCUCGUACGACUGGACUUUUGUUUUAAAAAGGAACAAACAACAACAACAACAACAACAGAAGCUGUGAACACGCAGAAGGAUUCAAGUCAAACGUUGUAUCUCCUCAAAGUGAAAACCCUCCGAUCCAGAAUCAAACUGUCCUCCCUGCGUCUCUGACUCUUUGUGUGUCUGAUGUCUCUCCCCUCGUCCACUUUGUCCUCUUACUUUCUGUCCUCUCUGUCUCCUGUUUGGUAGAUUUUUGUUUCUUCCUGUCUUGGUCCCUUCAAACACUCCUGUAAGACAAACUAGUUCCACUCCGACAGAAAAGAAUAAUAGUGAAACAAGAAAUGAGCUUCUUCAUGUAUCGCUUCUGUGUCCUGGUCCGAUUAAACAGGGCUGGCCUCAGCUAACAGCACCAGGGGGAGGGGCUUCCACUCUGAGGGGGAGGGGCUUCCACCCUGAGGAGGUAGGGCUUGAAUGUUUUUCUGAUGACUGAAUGAAUGUAUUCAGCACACCGAUCAUCCCCCGUUAGGGAUUCAACCACCAGAUGUUUUGGCCCCUUGAAACAUUUCCGGGUCCGUUUUUGGAUGAACUUUAAACUCUAAAGUUGUCACUUUUUACCAAUCGGCACAAAUUGUGGGACGAGCUUGAAUGAAUAUUACCAAACGGAUGCAUUUAAACGCUUUACGAAACGGACAUUUCUUCUCAAACAGCGUCCUUGUAAGGGGGUCUCUAUCCGUCCUCCAACGGUCUCUAUUCCUCCUUUGGGGGUCUCUGUCUGUCCUUCGGCGGUCUCUGUCCGUCCUUAGGGGGUCUCAAUCCGUCCUUAGGGGUCUCAAUCCGUCCUUCGGGGGUCUCUAUCCGUCUUUCAACGGUCUCUAUCCGUCCUUCGGGGGUCUCAAUCCGUCCUUAGGGGUCUCAAUCCGUCCUUCGGGGGUCUCUAUCCGUCUUUCAACGGUCUCUAUCCGUCCUUCGUGGGUCUCUAUCCGUCCUUCGGGGGUCUCUAUCCGUCCUUCGUGGGUCUCUAUCUGUCCUUCGGGGGUCUCUGUCUGUCCUUCGUGGGUCUCUAUCCGUCCUUCGUGGGUCUCUAUCUGUCCUUCGGGGGUCUCUGUCUGUCCUUCGUGGGUCUCUAUUCGUCCUUCGGUGGUCUCUAUCCGUCUUUCAACUGUCUCUAUCCGUCCUUAGGGGUCUCAAUCCGUCCUUGGGGGGUCUCUAUCCGUCUUUCAACGGUCUCUAUCCGUCCUUCGGGGGUCUCAAUCCGUCCUUCGGGGGUCUCUAUCCGUCUUUCAACGGUCUCUAUCCGUCCUUCGGGGGUCUCUAUCCGUCCUUCGUGGGUCUCUAUCUGUCCUUCGGGGGUCUCUGUCUGUCCUUCGGGGGUCUCUAGCCGUCCUUCGUGGGUCUCUGUCUGUCCUUUGGGGGUCUCUAUCCGUCUUUCAACUGUCUCUAUCCGUCCUUAGGGGUCUCUAUCCGUUCUUCGGGGGUCUCUAGCCGUCCUUCGUGGGUCUCUGUCUGUCCUUUGGGGGUCUCUAUCCAUCCUUCGGCGGUCUCUAUUCGUCUUUCAACGGUCUCUAUCCGUCCUUCGGGGGUCUAUCCGUCCUUCUGGGGUCUCUGUAUGUCCUUCGGGGGUCUCUAUCCGUCCCCAAGUUUCUAAAUCACACUUUGAACAAAACUGAAAAAACGACCAAAGUGAAACUGGAGGCUCUGAUCGUUUUUAACAUUUUCAAAGUCACUUUAGAAGCUCGAGGAAGCGUUUCAAGACGAGAUGUCUUCAAAGGAGCUUUUUGGUAAAACGUUGACUCGAAUGAAGUCAGAAUUCUGACGGCACUGACAGGGUUCAUGUGAGCUGCAUUCUGUCAACAACGGACGAACAAAAGAACCUGAAGGUUGAGACGUUCCAGCGGAGAAACGUCCAUAAAACUCCCGUUGGAGCCAAUGGAGCCAAUGGAGUUAUUAUUAGAUCAAACUGCAGAGCGCUCCACGAUGUCUUUCGCUGGGGGGGGGGGCCUAAGUGCCCUACAUGUGUUCUUAGGGGGAGUUGAGGCCAGCCCUGCUUCAUACCUGAGGUUCUGCUUCUACUACUGCUACUAUCAAGCGACCGGCUCAGAGACCGGCUCGAACGCUGCUUCAAACCCGCCCUUCACAACUCGAGGUGCGUUUGAUUUUUAACUUCAAAAUACCAGCAUUUUUAAGUCGGGUCCAUUCGGAGCACCGGGUGGUUUUUCAGUUUUGUUCCUGACGUGAAAAAGACGCUUUGUUGCCCGAAAUGACGCUUCACCUCCUCCGUUUGGGCCCCAGUUCAUUGUGUAUUUUAUUCACUUGUAGUGACAAAAAAUAGCCAUCAAUAUGUUUUCUUUGAUUUGAAAAGUAUUCGAGCUCUCGUUUCUGUGGCCCAGGUGAGCAAAUCAAGCUGUUGAUGUCUGCUGUAUUUAAAUAAAACACAGCCUUUCUUCAAAGGGUACUCUUCA